AUGAUAAGCAAAAGGAAUACACGUCAAAUAAGAUCGAAUCGAUUAUUAAGGAUUUGUCAAUGGAUAAGAAUGUGAGCGUAGAGUGCAAUGACAUGGCACUUGGAAAGAGGUCAAAUGGAAAGGCAGAUAUUUUAGCUGAGAUUAACAUUAUUUAUACUUUCGAUAAAGCAUCUAAUGGAAUUUCUUUGACUAUAAAAAAAGGACAUGCAAAUCUUGUUCUUCUUGGAUUUUCAAAGAAAUUAAAUUACAUGCUUUACCAAAAGUAUGAAGAAGUAAAAAAUAUUUACAGCGGUAUAAACUGCUAUAUAGGAUACAUUGCGGAUCAGUACAUUAGUGCAGAGUUAGAUGCUUUAAGUUAUACUGCUUAUGGUCGCAGUAUAAAACUUGGGAAAAAAGUAUUACAGGUUAUAGAGGAAGGAUCAGAAGACAUAUCUAAAAUACUUGUAUUAGGAAAGCUUGCUUGCAAAAAGGUUAAAGGCGGUAUUAUAAGGAGAUUUAUAUUUUGUACCAUAGAUAAGGAAGUGGGCCCAAAAAACCCUCUAACACGGUUUACUGCAAACCUUUUAGGAAGUGUUCCGCUCAAUGAUUAUGCAUCAAGACGUUCAAUGAUGAGGAUCUUCCCAUUUCACGCAAGCUGGCAGAAACUCUAUCCAAGGCUUGGAUUUAAGCCAUUGGAGCCUAUCCCCAAAGAAGAUGCUAUUUGGAUUUAUCUAUCAGGACAAAAAGAAUCUUUCUGCUAUACUCUAAAGUCUCUUUCAGCGCCUGAAACAUCAAAAGCCAUAUGCAACUAUUUUAGAGCAACUGUGAAUAACCCAAGGAUGAUCGAUUUAAGCGUAGAAUUUAUAACCCGACCGGUUCUAAUUGAUCGUAUCAUGUCUAGUGUGAUGAUAAAAGACUUGGUGGAAAUUCAAUCCAAUAUCAAAGACUAUAUGAAAGACUAUAAUUUAAACUAUGUGUAUAUUAUCUGGUUUAUGUGCGUAUGCUCAGAUGAUUAUAAAUUCUCAUUAGAAUCUGCUAAGACAGUUUAUGACUUUAUAGUCUUUGAUGGUUAUCCAAACCCAUUUGAGUUUAAGGAAAAAAUGAAAGCAAGCAAAAAAUACUUUGAAAAAUCUCUAAGUACUUUAAAAGAAAAUAAAACACUUUUCUGCUCGGAGGAUGACAGAAAAAGUAUGGAAAAGUACGAUGCUGUGUUAGAAUACUUCUUGCAAACCUGUUAG